AUGGUGCAAGCGUCGCCUACCAGAGCCCCCAGGUUGGAGCAAGAAUCGUUCUGGCAUACGAUGCGCUCAUCCAUAACGGAAGACGCAAUGGCGAAGGCUGCCAAGAUUGGCAAAAGCACGAGGGAGAGCUGCAUCUACAUGUCAUUGGUCUUUGUUCGGGCCAUUUUGACACGGGCAGAUCUCACUUCGCAAACUCGGGUAGAGGGAGGCAAAUUGCAAAACAUGAGCUUGGAUCCAACACUCGGCGUGGAGAUGCUCACAGACGAUGACGAUGCCUGCAUCGAUUGA